AUGUCUUCGUCCAUCGAUAUUCCCAACGCCUAUAGGCCUUCCCCCAAGACUGUAGCCAGCUCAUCCGACAGCUCCUACUCUAGCUCGCCACGCUCACCUACCGCGUCGUCACCUCCUAAGAGGGACAUGCUGCAUUCACGCAGGCCCAGUCUUCUCAGCUCCUCCAUCUCCAAGCAAGAAGCUACCGUCAUCAAUAUCGGGGACCCUGAUGGUCCGCCUCGAUUGAUCACGUAUCUCUCUUCCAGCCAGGGGUUCGCUUGGAACCCAGAAAUCUUUCUCCCAUCCUACAUUGACUGCGACUACGUACCCCUCGAAAACUUCCGAGACCCCGUUCACGAAGUCAUGCUCACUGACGAGGAGCUGAAGCAGAUGCUCCCCCAAUAG